AUGACCCCCAUCCUAAUUGACGGUAGCGUCCUAGAGGGCGGCGGUCAGAUUCUACGAAACUCAAUCUCGUUAUCGUCGUUGCUAUCCAAGCCAGUGUCUAUACACAAGAUACGCAACGGAAGAAAACCUCCUGGAUUGAAAAAUCAGCAUAGAACUGUGGAUUCUACCGAAAUCGACUUUAUUCCAGGAACCCUACGGCUACCAGGACAAUUUACUGCAGACUCUGCGGCACAAACUGCAUCGCAUGCACCGCAGAUCGACUACACCCAGCACGUAUUCCUGCCCUUUGUACGAAGGCACUUUGGUAUUGAUGCUACACUCGACAUCAAACGUCGCGGAUACUACCCCAAGGGCGGAGGGGAAAUACACGUCCAAGUGUCUCCAAUGGCGGACAAGAUCAGAGCCUUCACACUCGUAGAGCGCGGCAGUGUCAAAGCCAUCAAGGGUAUCGCCCAUCUUGCCGGUUUGCCCAGCCACCUGGGCAAGGGCAUGGUGGAAGGGGCCAAAGGCUACUUGGCCGGCAGCCCGGAACUCGAUGGCGUUCCCGUUGAGAUAGAGAGCAGACGGGAAAGAAACGAUAAUACUGGCGGCGGCAUUGUUGGAGGCGAUGCGUUGAGUAGGAAGGGGCUCGACGCACAGGCUGUGGGUCGCCUGGCAGCCGAGUCGCUGUUACGUGGUUUGUCUGUCGGAGGUUGCGUCGAUGAGUGGCUACAGGACCAAAUCAUCAUUUUCAUGGCCUUGGCAGAAGGAACGUCCGAAAUCAACUGUGGCAAAGGAGAACUCGAAUUGCACACACAGACUGCAAUAUGGGUUGCACAGCAACUCACGGAUGCCAAGUUCGAGGUAGAGGUAGACUUGUCAGGAUGUACAGUAAUUCGCUGUCGAGGCAUCGGCUACUCUGUGCAAGGAAAUAAAUAG